UUAAGAUAAAAAUGAUAGCAGAAAUCACUUGACAACGUUAUCAUUUUAUCAGUAUGUCAACUGUUGAGCUACUAGCGCCACAAUCUAGCGCAUACACGCGCAAUAAUCAGCGUACCGUAAACAAUGGUAUAUUUCUAUGUGUGUGUAGCUUGCUCGUUCGUUUGGUUGACAAUCGCGAUGUGAUGUAUCCUACAUCAUCGCACGCUGAGUUAUAUUUUCAACAAAUCUUUUUAAUUUUUAUAUUAGUUACAACAUUUAUUUCUAGAUGUUUUCUUUCGUUGUGGUCACGUUUCUCUGUUUUGAUUUCUAAAUAUGUGUAAUUUGCCGCCGAAGUUCCAUUCAGUGUGUCGCCUUUGUUUAUCAUUCUGUGGCGAUAAUUGCAGUGAUGUUAAACUUCCAAUAUUUGACCGUGAUAAGGAUAAAUCACGACUUUCCGAGAUGAUAAUGACAUAUUUGUCAAUAAUGGUAUCACCGGAAGACAUGCUGCCACAGGUGGUUUGUGGGAGUUGUGCACACAAGCUUGAUGAGUUUCAUACAUUUAGAGAAUUGUCACAUAAAUCUGAACUUCUGUUGGAACAAUUUGUACAGUAUGCCAAUUCACUGACUGGUACAAAAGAGGAUAACCUGUACAAAACGGCGGACAAAUUAGAAGAAAUAAUCAGGCCACUGAACGAUAGCGAGUACGAUGAUGUUAGUAAACACAAAUAUUCCGAAAUUGGAUCCCCUGACUCAACGGAAGAAAUGAAAAACUUGGAGAGCCGGCAGGCGGCAGUGACACUGCUUCAGAUAAAAAACUACGAUCCGACUAAAUACGCUAUCAAGACUGAGGAAAGUCCUCACAUAAUGUUCAAUAGCGGACCGAGUUUACCGCCUUCCGAUAGAGCGAGAGAGGUUAUGCAUUGUAAUGCCGUCAUCGAUAUUAUAAGCAAGGCUGUUACGGUUGCGCAGCGAGAAAACGAAGAAUCUCAGAAUUUCCCGCCUAACUAUACGAGCGUCAUUGACAGGACACAUGCGCCCAGUGCCAGCGAAGUUACCUAUGCGCAGGAGUACGCCGAGGAGCAAUAUAGCGCUUAUAACCCUCCACAGAGCGCUACUAGUCCUGGUAGCAACGACGACCAUGACCAUAAAGAAAUGGACCUCUCAUUAUACGGCUCAAUUAAGAAUGAAUCAGUGGAGCCGAGCGAUCAGGCAGAACGUGACGUCACGGGGUCGUACCUUCAAAGAACGUUAACGAGCAAUAAAACAUCUAGCUUCGCGGAUGAAUACAAACAACACAUAUUUGGACGAACAUGUAACAAAACAAAACAGUCACAAGAGAACUCAGUAUACGAAGAAUGCAGUCAAAGCAGUAGUGGUUCAGAUCCAGACCGAUUACAGAUGGACAUAUCUGAGGUGUCGCAGGAUGACCCCGAAGAAACCCAGUCAGUGCCAUCAGCCCAGUCCUCCCCGAAACCGCCGCAUGAAAACGAAGGCGACAAAGAUUCUUUAUGGCAAGCCCUUCAUAGACAAAAUGGUCGUGGUGGAGAAGCGACGCAGCUUCUAAGGCGGUUGAUCAACAGUAAACACCUUGGUAUGACCGUGUCACCGCUGCGAGGCACGACCUCGCCUCUUCCAGCGCAGAUGCUGCCCAACGGUGCCGUUUCGCCGAACGGUGAGUGGUCAAACUCGGGUCGCGGUGCGACGGGAGGCGGGGGCGGCGCGGGCGGCGCGGGCGGCACGGCGCGCAGGAAGCAGAGCUGUCCGGCGCGCGCGCAGCCCCUGCACGAGGCUUCCAACGUUUGGCCCAUCACGCACGAUAAUCAGGAGUUAACUGAGAGUGCGGUAGGUGGAGGCGCGCCGGGCACGCCUGGGGCGGCGGGCGCGGGGGCAGCGGGGCGGGGGGCGCCGCGCGUCGAGCUGUCGUGCAGCAACUGCGGCACGCACACCACCACCAUCUGGAGACGCGACGCGCGCGGGGAGAUGGUGUGCAACGCGUGCGGCCUGUACUACAAGCUGCACGGCGUGCCGCGACCCACCGCCAUGCGCCGCGACACCAUACACACGCGCCGCCGGCGACCGCGCCACGACGCCAAGCAUCCCAGAAACAAGUCACGUCGCAGCGGCAGCGGUGGGAGCGAGGGCGGCGGCGCGGGCGGCGGCACGGAGGCGGUGGCAGAGGGCGGCGCGCGCGGCGGGGAGGGCGCGGAGGAGGCCGUGCUGGCGGCGCUGCGGCGACAGCUGCAGCCGCACCUGCUGGCCGCGCUGCACGCGCACUCGCCGCGCUCGCACACGCAGACGCACUCGCACCGCUCGCAGGUGGGCCGAAGUAUUUCCGAGUACGACGAGGCGCCACUCAAUCUGGUGGCGAGUCACGUGGCCGCGGAGGAAACGCACUGACUGCCCUGUGAUACGCUCUUUCCCUACUACGAGAACUACGUGACUUUGCCAGUACUACAGAACUGUAUGCGCCCCCCUCCUAGCCUCUUAUGCGACCAUUACAAAUACUAUGGGCACUGCCUGAGCUCAACAUGUUCUAAUUUUAAAUCGCGUUUAUAAAAACGGCCAGUUACAAACCAUAGACAAUUCCGAAAUGCGCCAAAGCAAUGACUGUCAAAAGAUUUGAGAUUAAUGUUUACUCAUAAAAAAUAAUCGUUAAACAGUCACAAAUAAUAAAAGAUCUUUUAAUAUAAUAAGUAUAUCCAAGAAUUUCGACUAGUUAGCUAGAGGCGAAAGCCUUUUUAUUGUUAAAUUUCAAUUGUAUUUUCGUAACUUUACGAAAAGUCACAAAUGUUAAUGGAAUCUAAAUUUAAACUAUAAAAUAUUUUCACUUAAACAAAAUAGAAAUAGAUAAUACGAUAGAUAAAUAUUACAAUUUAUAAAUAUUUUUCUACAUUAAUGUAUAUUUCAAAAUAUAUUUGUCUCUAUAAGUAUUAAAACAGUAUAAUUAAUAGUUAUUAUCCAUAAUAGAGUACAACCAAUUAAAGCACUCGUUUAAAUUUAGGUUCCUCUUAAUCUCACUUAAUGGUAUUUCGUCACAGAUCUGAUUUACAUGAAUUGUAGUUAUUAAAAAUGCGAAGAGCAUCAAUUAAAGCAAUAUAUGACGCGUUCGAUAGUAAUUCAUAGUGCCUAUAGGAUACGUUUAAUGGUACCAAUGUUUAUCAGAUGUUCGAAUAUUUUCCCCUACAUUGUGAUAUAUAAACAAUUAAUUAUGUAUGUUGUGAAACGAGAAUCUAAUAUGUGAAUAUGUGUCGUUUUGUCUAAAUCGUUUUCCUAACUCGAACGUGUAAAUUCGCAUAAGCGAAUGUACUACAUUUAUAACUCAUAAUCGAUUGCUAAGGACCGCUAAUGAGUUCGAAACCUUGCCUUAAAUGCUCUCUUGAUAAUGAUGAAAUUAUAUUUACGGUUACCUAUUGCAGGAAGCAAGUAUUCAUUUAGGAUUAGGUCAUUAUAAGGAUAUUGUAAAUUUUUAUUAUUUACUUAGUUUUAAUGACGAUUCGUAAAAUAUAUAGUUAUUUAUUUCCCAUUUCGGUCAGUAUUUAAAUGUAAGUAUUUUAUUUUCGAUUUAGACGAGUAUUUUUUUUUUUCGUUUAUAAUUCUAAGGUACGAUACGGUCUGUUUCAGAGCAAUAAUAAUUGAGUCUCACCAUACAAUAUUUUAAGCGAAAUUGACUUAGAUAUUAUCAAAAGCUUAGGUUACAUAGGUUACAUAAAUGAGCAAUAAUAUUAUGUAAUAAUCUUCUCAUGACAUAUAUUUAACUAUAUAUAUUAUAUAUAUACAUAAUUAUUACAUAUAUAUAUAGGUAGCAUUGCACAUUUUUAAUCUGCAUGAUGCCGUUAUACUUAAUAUACAUUUCUGUAUUAGUUAUAGUUUAGUUUUAGUUGUUGAGAAAUUAAGGAACCAAUAUUGAAUAUUCCACUACGUUGAAUGUUACGAAUUCUGGGUAAGCAUUCGAAAUAAUACGCAUUACCAAAUCGUCGUGGCAUUAUAUUUUUUUUUUUUUUAACGGAAUCACCUCAUUGUGGUCAGUGUUUUGUAAAUAAUUGUGUUGAAAGCGUAAGGCAUUUACAUUACUUGUAUUGUAAUUAACACGGGGCUGUUUAUUUGUCGCCAAUCCUCUAUCUUAACUCAUUCGAUCACCGUCCUUUACUUAACGUCUCUACUUAAUUUAGCAUUAAUUUAUUUAUUGUAUGAAUCCCCACGGGCCAGUAAAAUAAAAACAGUCUAUGAGACAUUGUGAUAUCUUUAGCUAGAGCUUGCUUACCUUUUAUACGUUUUUAUGCGAACGUUCGACUACGUAACCUCUGUUGCAGCCAAUAUUUAUAUAUUAUCACGAACGCGUGAAUAUUGUAUUCGAAAAGCUUUAAAAAUUGAGAUUAUUUAUCUUUUAUAAUUGGGAUCACUGUGUAGAUGAAGAUGCUGUAACGUUUGUACUCGGCAUCGUUUUCCCUUUUUCCGAAUAUGAAUGCAAUUUACCUUGACAAUAAAUUUAUAUACCUUAUAACGGAUAUACCAUAUUCAAAUAAUCUCAAAUUUCGCUCUCUAUAUUCCUGCUCUCUCUUAACGAUAUGAAAAUGUCUAUCGUUUUAAGGCAUUAUGAAACGAGUAUUAAAAAUGUUUGAAAGUAAUUUAAAUAAGUAACAUUUGAUUUUUAUUUUGUUCCAUUUAGGAUAUAUCCAUUUUGUUUGAAUGAAUUCAGUGAAUAUUUAUAAUAAUUGAUAAGUGGUUUGGUCACGCCGCGUCGUUAUCGUACGUUCCGCUUCCCCCACUAAUAUUGCUGCUCGCAGUAGUGAUACAGUAUUAUUUUUGUCCAUUAUUACUCUGUACAUUUUCUUAGUUGUAUUACGUUUUAAGUUUUAUCUAGAAUACAUUAAUAAAUAAUUUGGUUUAACGAUUGGUUGAAUCUCUUACAAAAUCACCUCAUAGAAAUAUAUAGUAUUUAUAUACACACACGAUUAGAAAUAUUUUUCAAGAUUGUAUUCAAUCGUAAAUUUCAUGUCUUCGAAAAUGAGAUGCAGUUGCGUUAUAUUAUAACUAUUCGGUUAUUUAUGACUUAGUUUUAAUUUACGGACUAAGGUAUUAAGAUAUGUGAACAAUUUAUAUCGAGUUACUAACAAAUCGGUUGUGUUGUGUGCUUAUGUCUAACAAGCAUGUGUUUGUGAUUUUGUUUCGACUCUCGUUUGUACCGUACGCGGUACACGGUCCGGGUACCACGUGUAUUUCGUUAUAUUAUAAUUUAUGCUGAAAUAUUGGCUUUUAUAUAUUUUAAAAAUAAUUCCACAUUGUAAAAAUAUUACGAUAAUAAGACUGACGGUCAAACUAUGAAAAUGUCUUCUGUUUUAUUUUGUACGUAACAUUUUAAUCAUUAACUCCGCUGUGGAGAUUGUAUUAUCGAUGAUAGUAUUCAAAUCGGUAUGUGAUAUGUUAAGUGUGUGUGUUUCCGAAAAGCAAUAACAUUGUGAUACGUAGAGAUGAGCAAUUGUAUGCACUAAACUCAAGUUAUUCCGCAUAAUGUAAAGUGAAUAUUGUCAAUUAAAAUUAUAAGCGUGCUCGGUACAGAGCUCACAAUUGCUUGACAUAUAGAAUAUACUUUACUUUUUUAUCAAUUAUUUUCAAUAAUCUAGCAUUUGUGAGUUCGUAUCGAGUGUUCAACGAUUCCAUGUAAAAGAAUAGGGUUAAUAAGGUCUUAUGUGACAUUUCGCUCUAAAAUAAAAUUGUUCUACACUAUACGGUACACGUUCUCCUUUCGAAUCGUAUGUUUUAUUACUGUAUUCUUAAUAUUGUCUACUUUCCAAUAAACUUAAAGGACCACGAAUUUGAUGUUUGUCUUUAAAUUUGUCGAUCGUGUCAAAUAAUGUAAACUCAUUUCAACGUAAGUUUCAGCAUAAAUUAUCCGUCGGCGACGUUUCCGACACGUCGCUCGAAUACUCAUCGUCAAACAUUAGUUAUUGUUGUAUAGAUGAUAAAUAAUGUGACUUACGCAGGGAUGGAUACUUAAAUUAUUAAAUUUUAACUGAUAUAUUGGCUAUGUAGUGAGUAGAAUAUUUUUUUACAAAUAAAAUAUAGCAGCUAAA